AUGUCUAGCACGAGACGCCGAUGCCAGAUACUUUGGGACGACGACAGCGACUGCGAUGGAGCGGGCAAUGGGGAGUACCCCUCAGCUCUUUUGGAAGCUGUAGAGAAAGAGGACUGGGACUCACCAACUAAGGUCCGCCGAACAGUGGUCAAGACUCCAAAGCCACGUCGGGACAUUGGCAGUCGCAAAAAACGGCGGGUGGACAAUAUGGAGGAAGAUACGGUUUUGUGGGAUGGUCAACCGUCUCCUUGGGGAGAUUAUGCUGUUUCGGGAGACUCCGAAAUGGAUCACACAGCCACUGCCUCCGGGGAUUCCGAGGCGGACUUGGACGCAUUUGUCGAUGCGAUCAAUGCCCAUGUCGCUGGAUUCUACUUCCUUGAGCGCAAUCUCUUUGCGGUGCAAGGGUGGGAUUGCGUGAGGAGACAGUCUACGGACCAUUGGUUUCACCUGGAGUACCAGGUUCUUGACGGCGACCUGCUCCUUGCCUGUACCUGCCCAAGGAGUCUUGACCCAACAUGCAUUCAUCGACAAUUCUUUCGUUAUUUUGAAAUAGAGGCGCUGUCUGAAAUGCAGCAAGAUAGGAAUACAGACUCCCCGGCUAUUCUUUUCCUACGCCAGGUCCUCCAGAACGAGGAGGUAUACUCCUUGUUCUCGGUAAAAUCCACUUCGUCAUCGGCUCUGAAAGGUCGGGCUAUCGUGCGCCAUACUGGGGUGGCGGGGAGCUGGCGUGGGGAUUGGAAGUGUUCGAAGGAUCAUGGAGGUUCGAGCUGUGUUCACAUCCGAAGAGUCCAGGAACUGGUGGGGCAUCCUGAGGAGCAGGAUCGGGACCACGGAGUGAGGGAGGGGGGUAGUACUGUGACCGACAUGGGUACUAAUUACACGUUCGGGGUCCGUUUCGUGUACCUUGGAAUCCAGGUCCCGGCUUGGGCCUCUCUGCCCAGCGAUCCUCAUUUGUAUGCGGUUCCAGCACCGUUUCGCUCGCCGCCUUCUGUACCUUUGCCCCUGAAUGAAACGUCGUCGUGUCCUUGUCCAUCGGGAAGAACGUUCUACGACCCCUCACGUCCAACAACCGAGCGAUUGUGCAAGAUAUACACGAUCUCCCAAGUCUACGAACACCACAUCAUGCUUCAGCGGUGUCCGACCUGCCCUCCCACCAGCCGCCGUUUCAUCGGUCCAGAUCUUCGAGAGAUGGGGCUUUUCAAUUACAACAACACUGUCCUCGUUUCCCAUGAAUUGAUGGAGGAGUACACAAGUGCAUACACUCUCUCGGAAACGCCUUUCUCUGCUUGGGUCCAGCAUCUCGCACGGCGUUACGCAGCCUUCAAUCAGGCAUUCAUGGGAGAAGACCUCUUCCGCUCGGUUUGGUUCGCGUACGUAGAGCUUCAAAACUUCGACAACGACAUGACGUGUGGCAAAUGCGGCGAGUUCCCCGACACCGUGAUCUGGGAUGGCAUAACGCUGGCCUUCGGUCGCAAGCACGUUCGAAGCUCCCUCCGCCCACCAACAACACCAUCCCAGGACUCCCUGGUUCGCGAGAAAAUGAAGUAUCACAAGAAACAACAGCUGAUUGAGGACAAAAAUCUACGGAAGCGACUGCGCCUUGUGCUUGAUCCGCCUGACUUGGAUGGAUUAUCUGACUGGGAGGCUGAAGAUGCACUGCCGACACCUUCCAGUUCGCCCUUGAAAGGCUCCGGUGCACGCGCGCGAGAGGUGAAAUUAAUUCGGGAACACCUGGGGCGCCUCGAGGCGGUGGAGGAAGGGCUGCGCAAGACAUGUCCAGCGGUGGCAGAUAUAUUUGCGUCGGUUUAUGGUCCUUGUUCGUUUGCAGAAGGCGAGAAGCCAGACUUGGCCUACAAGUCUUUUUUCAGACAGGUGAGCGCUGGUGUUAUUCGAGGGGAAUUUGUUGGUUAA